AAUCAUCGAAGGUGGAGGAUGUCACAUCGGUACCACAAGAGUGUGAUGCGACAUCGGCUGUCCAGACCAGUGCAAUGGAUCCUGUUCUUCCUGAGAAUGAAGUAAGAGAUACAUCCAUUGAAGGAAAAGAGUCUUUUUCGGAAUAUGAAGCCAAUUUUAGGGGUACUGCUGUGAUUGAUCAGCAGAAUAGUUCCGGGAAUUCGAGAGAAGCAGAACGAAGACUUAGCGAUGGGUCGGUUCUGCGCCGAAAACCAUCGCGACGUCUGUCAUCUAUUGCAAUUGCUCGUGAGAAGAAGCGUCAUUUAGAACUGCAGUUUCAUGAAAAGUCAACUGGAAACGCGUCCACCGUCACAGACACAUCACAAGCACAAGUUUGCGGCACCGGUGGAGGCGGGAUGUCGAUCAACAAAAUUGCUGGUGCAGCUCAAACCGUAGAGUCAGGGGUUCUCUUUAGUACUCUAGAAGUACAAUCUGUCAGCGAAGAUCGACAAGUGAGCUUGGCCAUCAACGUCUCUGGCAACCAUAGUGUUGGGACAGAAAAAUACACGAAGCAAGCUCUGAUUGCUGAAACGACCGAGGAACAAGACUAUGAUUGCGAAGAGUCGAAUGACUGUCGCAUCGAUUCCUAUAAGGAGGAUAGCGAAGUCAAGGGGCAAGUUUGGCAGGGCGAUGAGCCACUAAACAAGACUGACAGGGAAUUCGAGUCAAUCAUAGAUCGAGAAGAUGAAAAUCUCGGCGUAGACAUUUAUGGCGACAAUUAUCAUAGUACACUGCUGUCCACAUUUCAUUCAAGUGACGGGGAUGGAGAGCACGACAAGACAAGUGAAACAAGCUCCAAAUCAGAAGAUGAAGAGAAUUUUCUUAGCCCCCAACAUGUAGACGGGGAUUAUACCUGUAAAUCGACCGCCGCACAUGUGAGCAGCACAGAAAGACAACAUGCCAGCUCUGAUAAAACAAUGGAGACAAGUCUCCGUGAAGAAGAUAGAGAACCACAACUUCCUGAAAGAAAUGACAGCAGCAUAUCAGGGGCGCUAAAAAAAGAGGAAUGUCGAGCAGAAUUAGAGCGGCUUCGUGCCAUGUUGGCCCGGAAGGAUGACGUCGAUGAGGUGAUGCUGUGCCUCUUAGAGUUGGAAGAUGUAAAGAACAACGACUUCCAAUUAUCCGACGAAGAAGAGUAUGAGUUAGAGCUCCUUCAACGUCAUCAAGAGGGUAAUGAUUUGAGUGAUGAUGAAAUCGAUGAUAUGGAGUACUUUAUUGAAAGGAGACUGAUGUACAAUGAACUGGAAAUAAAAUUGCAGGAGACGAGGUCAAAGCGAGAUGCUGGGGAAGAAGUCGACAAAGAUCUCUUGUUCGAAAUGGAACUGUUUGAACGCGCACGAGAGCGAGAGCAACUGAACGAAAUGGAAAAGCUGGCGAUUGAAUUCUUGGAGCGCAAUCAUAUGGGUGAAGAAUUGACAGACGACGACAUGGACGACUACUUGGACGUCAUGGAGGUUCUCAGGAACAACCCACCAAAAGAUUCAGACAAAACCGAAGUGUGUUCCGCAUUACUGUCCGAAGACGACUCCAAGUAUUUGGCUAUUCUGAGGGUAGCUGAGCAGGAUGGCAAAGAGCUCGACAAAUCUGAACUAUUCGAACUAUCUGUUCUCGAGCGACAGGAGAGAGGCGGGGCAGUCGAAACCAUUGAACUUGAUGAGUUUAUGCAGCUGAAAAGAAGGCGACAGCAUGGUGACGACCUUCGUACUUUACAAACCUUGAGAAAUGGCCGCGAGGAGUACGAUGUAGAUCGUCUAUACGAGCUCGAACUUGAUGAGAGAAAUCGAAAAGGCCUCCCAUUAAAUGAUGAUGAGUUGUACGAGUUGCAGCUUUUUGAGAAGAGGCGGAAUGGCGACAAGCUUGACGAAGAGGAAUUAGAAGAUCUCGAAUUGAUGAGAAAACAGCGUGCAAAUGACGACAAAGAUCGCCAACAACUUCAAGAGGACAAGCAAAACGGCCUCGACAUCAACGACGAUCUUCUUUGGGAACUUGAUCUACUCUAUCGCAAUCGAACAGGUGUCGCUCUCAGCGAAGAUGAAACUACAGAGUUAGAAAUUAUCAGUCGGAAAAGGAAUGGAGAACAAUUGACGGAUUCCGAUAUUGAGGAACUGGAGCUUUUGAAGACAAUCAGGGAAGAGAACGCACUUGACAAGAAGGAGCUGAUGGAUCUCCGAGAGAGAAAAGCAAAUGGUGAACUUGUGGACGAAAACCUCCUUUACGAACUGGAACUAUUCCAACGAAUGCGCCAAGGUGAUAGUCUAAACGAAGAUGAGUUGUUCGAAUUGAGUUGUUUUGAAAGUCGUCGAGCUGGUGAGGAUCUUGACGACGCAGACUUGGACGAGCUGGAUCGACUGAAAAAAGACAGGCUUUUGACACAUGAUGGAUACAAGGAAGAAUCACAGGACGACGAUGACUCAGUGUACAUGCACCAGCUUCUGGAGAAGGUUAAAAAGGGGACAAGGCUUGCACAAGUUGAGUCCCACGAACUUGCUUUGAUUCAGCGUAAACGAAGAGGGGAGACGUUGGACGUGCUGGAGUUGGAAGAGAUUGUGAAGCUCAGGUCCAAACGACAAGAAGCACGUGCAGAGAGUGUCAAGGCAUCAGAAAGCACUCGUGGCUCCAUCGGUGAUGUCUCAAAGGGAGACAAGAAAUUACGCAAAGGCACGAAGGCAGAUCGGGAGAAGAAAGUGCGGAAAGGCACAGAGGCACACCAGGAAAAACCUAAGCCAGUCGUUCGCCAGUCUUCCACACCCACUACACAAAACGACAAACCAGACAAGAAGCCUCUACAAAAUCCUUCCAUGGCUUCUGCACAACCGAUGUCGCCACCCCCGCCAUCUGCUGUGCCAUCCACUCAAGGAUUUUUGGGCGGCAUCUUUGGAAUCAGAAAGAAAAAAGAGGACGAGCUUGAGUCACAACGCCGACAACAAGAAGAGUUGAUCCGACAACAGCUCGAGGCUAUGAAUCUUCAGGAGGAGCUUAAGGAAUUGGAAGAAAAGCAAACGGCGCAAGAAGAGCUUGUUCGGAACACAAUCGAGCUGAAGCGCAAAGACAUCAACAAGGCAGACGGGUCACCUACUAGCGUUGAAGAGUUAACCCCACAAAUUGACUUGCCUGAGCUUUCCGAAGAGGAGGAUUCGGAAAGUCAAGACUGCUCCACUUAUGAGGACGACGAUAUCGAGGUCGAAGAUGCUGAAGUGACAACCCAAGAGUUCUCCUUUGUAAAGAAACGUGCCAAAAAAGUGAAAUCAAUCACAACUGCUAGCGAGAAAAGGACCGACGACGAAAGUAAGAAGUCCAGCCUCAGUACCGGUUCCAAUAUCCAAGAGAAUGAAGAAACCGAACUAUCCCGGGAGUCAUUUGAAAAACACUUAUCUUCAACUCUUUCCGUACAUCUUACCGCUCAUGGUCACAACGCAGACUCAAUCAAUAGGUUUGACGAUGAGCUUAGUGUCGGGUUGAGCCAGGAUAUAGAGGAAGUCAAUGAAAGCAAGUCAGAUAAUGUAGAGUUUUCUAGAGAAAGUGAUAAGAGCCAUCCAUGGAAAGCUUCGUCCGAAGAUCGAGACAGUCUUCGCAUCAACCGAAACAGAAGGGUCACAGAAAUCGACGAAGAAGAGAAGAUGAUCGAGGAUGGUCUGGUUGACGAGGUAUUCGACAAAUCACUUUUCAAUUUUGAAACCCAAUACGACACUGGGGUAUUCCGCGAUCAAGAGGAGCAAGACAGUACCGAGGAGGAAAAAGAAGAGGAGAAACACGAUGAGGAGAGCAAUAACAAGGAGAUGCAAAACGAGGACGAAAGAGUCGAGGAGGAAAAAGACGAUUCCGUUAGUUUGAGUCACGAGCAAGCCCAACCAGAAGAGAACGGAUCUGUAACAAAGAGUGAUGGCUCAAGUCAUUCAGAACAAGAUAAUUCGCUUCACGAGAUGGACUUCUCGGCUCGUUCAAGUAACAUUCGUGACCUGAACAUGAUGGAGUCUAUAUCUAUGCUACACUUCACUGACCUGACAGGGUAUCAGUACGAAGGUAUCGAGAGCAAGCUUGGUGAGAAGAAGUCAGGCGAUGCCAAAUUUUACGAAACCUGGGCCAACGAGAAAGCAGACAAAGCAGCAGUAGCUCAAUUUAAUCAAAUGCGAUAUGCCAGAGAGAGAGCAGAACUAAAGAAACAGGAAGCCAAGAUGGAAGCUGUACCGCGCUUGUUUCUUUUUGAAGGAGAGAGAAUCAGAAACAAGAAGAAAAGGAGACAUCUACCAAAGAAUCGUAAGAAACGAAAGAAGCUUGAGAGCAAAUUGUCAAGGGAGUUUCGAAAAGCAAUGGAAUCCAUAUUUGAAUCAGAAUCCGAAGAGGAAUAUGAUGUGGACUUGAAGGACGGAGGGAAUGAACGGGAAGUUAUGAUGAAAAUGUCGCGAAGACUUAGCAAUGAUUCCAUUGUAUUUGAUGACCUUUCGGAGUCCAGUCAUGCUUCUGAGGGUCCAGAAUUUGACGAUGUUGAACCAAAUCCUGAAGAUGACUUUUUAGACGCAUUGAGGCAGCAGUCAAUGCAAAAUGAUACCACAUCCUCUACAGUGAACGGUAGCAAGGCAAACAGUGGCUCCGCUUUCAAGAAUAGUGGUGACGAAAUCAGCCUUAUCUCGGAACAUAGCAACCUAGAAAAAAUCCCUGAGGGAACUGAGUCCGUCUCCACGAAUGGUUCAAGACGACAGCAGUCUAUUGCUAGCCGAAAAACAAGCCACACUGGUAAAUCGUCAAAGUCAGUAGAGGUUGACCCCGCAAUCGUGUAUGCACACGAAGUUGAAAAAAUGACUCAAAGAAAGAAUAAUUCCAUCGCAGACUUUCGUAAGGAGAUGGAGGACCUAAUCAAGAGACGAACCGGUUUGGAGACUCCAGACAUAGACUCUCUAAUCGCUCCAAAUGAUUUCACGAUACAGCAAAGGAGCAUGGUUAUGGAUCGACAGAAAUCACGCAAAAUCUCAAAUCAGAGGAGCCAAAGGUCCGGGAGGUUUGCUAUGGCAACCGGAAGGGCACCUAACAAGCAAAGUUCAUUUGAGUCGUUGCUCAUGCGGAAGGAUCCAAUACAAGAAGACAUUAGUUUUGAUGCAUUCAAUACAAUUGAAACACAGUCGAACGAUGCACACGUUGCCUUGGUUGGACCAACCCCUGCAGCUCCAGGUACUGCAAGUUCUGGCACUGCAUUCCCUGACCCAUUGCCCGUACCUCCAACACAAACGGGAGAAGCAAUUGAACAAGUGAAGGAUAAGAAAAGGAAGAAAAAGGGGAUUAACCUGAAGGAAAGCGGAGCAAAGCUGAAGAAGCUGGCAGGAAAGGCGGGGAAAGCCAUACCUACAUCGAAAUUUAGUGUAUUUCCUGCCUUCGGGAGGAAAAAUACUCACCAGAACAUCGAGGAUGAUGGUAGCUUUGGACAAGGACUGUUGGGAUAG